AUAAGUUCCUAUAUCUAGUUGAAGAAAAUAAAUUCUCCAGUAUUUAGUUGUCGACAGUCAAUUGAGUCGGAAAAAAAAUGUCAAAAACUGUUUUAGUGCUUUUAGUGGCGGUGAUCGCUCAGUGUUUCAGCCAACCUGUCUUUCUUCACGACACCGUUAAAUGCUACGAAAGGGACUGUCCUGGAACAACWGUGGCUUGCAAAAAAACUAUAAAYACAAGUGAUGACAAAAAGAUUUUGUCAACGAUUAUUGCUUGUUUAGAUGCACAAGAUAUGACWUUGAAAGACUUCAGAGAGGAUGUAGAAAAUCCUUUUGGUCCAUCGACAACAUUCUACAGCUCAUCGUUUUCGGGAACUUACGUCUCUCACAGCAAAGGGCCAGUUAAUGUAAACAUUAAUAACGAGGUUGACCCAAUAAACAAUGUAGAAACACUUGAUUAAAAAUUUCUAAGAAUAAA